AUUCUUCAAAUACCAAAAUUUUGAAUGAUUCGGAUAUUUAAUCAAUUUCAGUUCGGAUUUGGUACUACUUAUUCGGAUUGGGAUCUGUUCGGAUCUUUGAAUUUGAAUUUUUUGUCCACCCCUAAUUAAUGACAUAAAAAAAAAAUAACAUCAUAUUUUUUUAAAAAUGCAUCCGCUCCGAGGCACGGAUCAAAAUCUAGUUUCUCUUUAUAAUAGUUAAGCUCAACCUCUCAACAUUUACAACUCCUUCCUCCGAAGAAAAAGUGUGGAAGAUGAUGGACUCCCUUCUAACUCCUUCAACUUCUUCCCAUAUGCAAACUCCGGCGACUACUUUCGACCACGAAGACUUCCUAAACCACAUCUUUGCCUCCGCUCCAUGGCCCUCGGUGGACGAAACUCAAGGUCCUCAGCCUCCUCCCUCUGAUGGCUUCGUGGACUCGAGGAAUCAACAGAUCAUGAUGAUGCCUUUAUCAUCUCAUCAGCAAAACGACAACGUUGAUGGCUCCUCCGCCCAUGCUCUUUACAAUGGCUUCGCCGCCACCAGAUCUCUUCCUUUCCACAUCCCUCAGGGGUCGGGAGGUGGACCGAUGCACCAACAAGGCCAAACGCAAAGGCAACCACAACAGCAAGCGAGUGCGUCGACAGAUACUGGUGGUACUGCGGUGUCUCCGUCCCAUAGUAGGACUAAAGUCCGAGCUAGGAGAGGUCAAGCUACUGAUCCUCACAGUAUCGCCGAGAGGUUACGGAGAGAGAGAAUUGCGGAGAGAAUGAAAGCUCUUCAAGAACUUGUUCCUAACGGCAAUAAGACAGACAAGGCAUCGAUGCUCGAUGAGAUUAUAGAUUAUGUUAAGUUCUUACAACUCCAAGUCAAGGUUCUGAGCAUGAGCAGAUUAGGUGGUGCUGCUUAUGUUUCUUCUCAAAUCUCUGAGGCAGGUGGGUCCCACGAGAGCGCGUCAUCCGCCGUCGCCGGGGGUAACCAGCCUACCGGAAACUCCAACGACGGCUUGACGAUGACGGAGCAUCAAGUGGCGAAGCUAAUGGAAGAAGACAUGGGCUCGGCGAUGCAAUACCUUCAAGGAAAAGGUCUUUGUCUCAUGCCUAUAUCUUUAGCCACUGCCAUCUCAACCGCCACGAGCCACACGCGUAACUCUUUGAUCCCUGGAGCUGCCGAUGUCGGAGGUAGCCCUUCUUCUUCCAAUCUAUCCGGCAAGACCGUACAGACAAUGAACACGUUGAAGUUAAAUAGCAACGGUAACGGCAUGCCUGAGGGAUCGUCGUCUAUCGCCGUCAAAGAGGCGGUAACCAUUUCGAAGCCGUGAUAACCAUUCUCUUUUUUACUUUUGGGGUUAUGCAAAGAGAUA